AUGGACACGGUGCAAGUGCUGCCUCGCGCCCAGCGCACAUCGAUCGACUCCAAAUCGUCCAAGAAGACGUCGGACCUGGUCACCAAGACUUCGGACCUCGAUGCUUUGAGCCAAUCGGAGAAGAGCGUGGCAGCUGGACCUUCCAUCGCAAAGCAGCUCGAAGGUCAAGGCGAAGUGCAGUUGGACUACUCUGGCUUUGCUCAAAAGACUGACCCAAAGGAAAAGGCGCUCGUACGCAAGAUGGACGUGCGCAUCAUGAUUAGUCUGUGGAGCCUUUACAUCCUCAACUAUUUGGACAGAAACGCCAUCGCUCUUGCUCGCUUGAACGACCUGGAAGAAGAUCUCGGCAUGACGGACACUCAGUAUCAGCUCGCCGUCUCCAUCCUCUUCAUCGGCUACGUGCUAUUCGGCAUUCCUUCCAACAUGAUCGUCAGCCGAAUGAAGAAAAAUGUUCCCACUUUCAUGGUGGGCACCAUGAUGCUCUGGGCCGUGCUCAGUAUCUGCACAGCUUUCGUCAAGAAUGCAGCAGGUCUCUACGCCGUCCGCUUCUUCUUGGGUGUUGUCGAGGCUCCCUACUACCCCGCAGCCCUCUUCGUCUUGAGUCAAUUCUACACGCGUACGGAGCUGGCCACGCGCAUCAGCAUUCUGUACACCGGCAAUGUUCUCGCCACUGCCUUUGCUGGUCUUAUCGCCGCAGCAGUCUUCGAAAUGGACGGCUUGAUGGGCUACGCAGGCUGGAAAUGGUUGUUCAUCAUCCAAGGCAGCAUCACUGGCGUAGUCGCUCUGUGCGCUUGGCCAUGGCUGCCCGCGACACCCAGCACCACUCGCUGGCUGAAUCCCGAGGAGCGCGAGCUCGCAGCUUCUCGCAUGUUGCGCGACAAGGUCGAUGAAGGCCCAGAAGGUACGGCAUUGGAUGGUCUGAAGCAAGCGGUCAAGGAUCCUCGCGCUUGGGUCUUCGUUCUCAUGCAAACGCUCCACCUCGCCGCCAAUGGCUUCAAGAACUUUUUCCCAUCCGUCGUGCAGACGCUGGGCUUUGGACGAACCAUCACCUUGGUGCUCACCUGCCCACCUUACCUCAUAGCCGCUGCCGUCUCCGUCGCCUUUUCCAUCUCUUCGGGCAGAAUGAAUGAACGCACUUGGCACUUGACCGCCUGCAAGACCAUCGCGACUAUCGGCUUCGUGACUGCUGCAGCCACGCUCAACACUGCUGGUCGUUACGUCGCCAUGAUCAUCUUCUGCUCGGGCACCUACGUGGCCAACUCGAUCAUUCUAGGCUGGGCCUCUACAGUAUGCAAUCAGACGAAGGAGAAGAAAGCGGUGGUCAUCUCCAUGAUGGUCUCUGCCUCUAAUGCCAGUUUCAUCUACACGCCAUUCUUGUUUCGAGAUCAGGACAAACCUAGAUACGCAUUGGCCAUGGGCGCCAUGGCUGGUUUCAGCAUACUCUGCGCAGCUACGGCUUGGUCCAUGAAGUUCAUUCUCAUCAAGCAGAACAGAACCUUGGAUGCUACUACGCGCUAUCCUUACUAGGUCUCCUCUCUCCG